AUGCGCAAGGGCAGGGGGUCCCACCCCAGCGAGCAGCACGCUGGCAUCUGGUUUGUCCAUGUUGGAGUACACCAGGGUCAACUGAUGUCAACUACAAGCUCUGCACUAAAACAAGUCCAGAGCUGGGGAGCAGCUCAGCAUCUCAAAGAUGAAUUGCCACUAGCAUACAGAACUCGGGAACAGAAAGCAACGAACAACAAUUUCCCCUUUUCCUCUCAUGAUAACAGACAUUGUCUACAGAACGUAGGAGAGUAUUUUGAUUUUGGUUUGGGACUGAGGAAGGUGGAACCAGAGAGACAGCAACAGAACUCGCAGAACUUCUUCCUAUGGGCUCAUGAAUCAGUUCCUAGCAGCAAGGAUGGCUUAACCAUUUAUCAGACAUCAUUUGUGAAAGAUCAAAAUACCAAGAGCACAUUUUUCAGGCGGUAUCCAAAACACCACUCAGAAAAAAUGUGCACUGCAAAACUGGUUCCUGAGAAUGAAAAAACCCUGCAGCCAGACAAGUAA